AUAUGGGUUCCCGCAUACCACGCAGCAUACCGCUAGGCGCACUAGAAGUGAGAUUGAAGUACUUGGGGAUCACGCAACAUCAUGGCACCGCCAAAGGAUAAUCUUACCGCCGUCUUGUACGGCAUUAACGAUAUUCGAUUGGAGCAAAGGCCAAUCCCAGAACCGUCAGAUACCCAGGUCCUACUUCAAAUGGAAUCAGUAGGCAUUUGCGGUUCUGACGUGCAUUAUCUGGUGGAAGGCAAGAUCGGUACUUUUGUGGUGGAGAAACCAAUGGUAAUCGGACACGAAGCUUCUGGUACCGUUGUCAAGGUGGGCAAGAAAGUUAAAAAUCUCAAACCAGGCGACCAAGUUGCGAUCGAGCCUCAAGUACCGUGCAGGAUAUGCAGUUUUUGCAAAACGGGAAACUACCAUCUUUGUCCCGACAUUUUCUUCUGCGCGACUCCUCCAGACGACGGCAAUCUUUCCAGAUAUUACCUCCACGAAGCCGAUUUUUGCUACAAACUGCCUCCCAACAUGGACUUGGACGACGGCGCACUGAUGGAACCCUUAUCCGUAGGAGUUCACGCUUGCAAAAGAGGCCACAUUACUUGCGGCGAUUCUGUCCUCAUUCUUGGGGCCGGACCCAUAGGACUCGUUACCAUGCUCGCUGCCAGAGCCAUGGGAGCAUCGAAGAUCGUGAUCACGGACAUUUUGGACGUCAAGUUGCAAAAGGCGAAGGAGUUGGGAGCUGAUCACGUGAUUAAGGUCGACCGUAGCAUGACCGAGGACGGGAUCGUAGCCAAAAUUACGGAACUCCUAGGCGAUCAGCCAAACAAAUCGUUUGAUUGUUCCGGAGUCGAAAUGAACGUCAGAAUUGCGUUAAAGGUCACCAAGAGCGGUGGCAUCGCAGUUCUGGUAGGUAUGGGCAAAUUCGAGCAAACACUGCCUCUCGCCGCCGCCAUUUUCCGAGAGGUCGACAUCAGAGGUAUCUUCAGAUACAAUAACGACUAUCCAACUGCUAUCGACAUGGUAGCUAGCGGGAAGAUCAGCGUGAAACCGUUGAUUACCCACCACUAUAAGAUCGAGGACACCGUAGCGGCGUUCCACACCGCGAAAACCCAGGAGGGAAAUCCGAUUAAGAUUUUGAUCCACCCCAAUCCAAGCUGGAAAAAAUCCUAACAUUUGGAGAUUCAAAUUUAUUCAUGUCGCCUAGUGCUGACCUGUCAAAUUUUCGCUGACACUGUGUGUCAUGUAAUUUUAUGGACCUGAAUAUAUUAUAAACAACUGAA